CCCCCCGGGACCCCGGCCCGCGCGCUCGUGUCCAGGACGCGGCCUUUGACCCGCGGGCUCCGCGCCCGGACGCCGCCACCAGGGGCGGGGCCCCGUGAGCGCUCGACUUAGACGCUGUAGCGGGGGAGACGCUUCUCACAGCCAGGGCCCCCGUGCCACCCAGCAUCUGGGGAGCCCGGGUGGGAACCGCGAGCCCCGCCGUGGGUCCUAGGUUUAGGGUCCCCCGUUCCCAAAGAAAGGCCUUGUGUCAUUCACACGCUACGCAGUGUCCUGCCUCAGUUUACCCCGCAGUGCCUGCCGCUGUGAGUUGGGCCUGGUGGUGUUGGGGAUCGGGGGUGGCGGUGCCUCCCGCGGGGAAGGCCAGGGUGGGGUCGCGUCACCCGAGGGUCCUGGCACCCCCGCGGGUGCUUUCCCGCCGUGAUCACUCGCGCGCGUCCCAGAAGCGCCCCGCCGUGCGGCUCCGGGGAGAGGUCUGCGUCUCGGGCAGCCGCUUCCGGCGAUGCCAGGCCCCACAGUCUACACCGGGCGCGACCCGGGCGAGGCGGGAGGCAGCGGGACGCUCCGGAGCUCCGGUGAUAGUUCCUGGGGGCCGUGCGGACCCGGAUCACCCGCGAAACCCUGGUGCGGCGCGACGUGAGAGCUGGCAGGGGCCCGGGAGGCGCUGCCUUCCCCGGGCUCAGUCGGGCGCGAGCGGCGGGGCGCGCUGGUAAUCCCAGCGCUGGAGGAGGCAGGAGGAGCGGGGCCGGAGGCGCAUGCCGGUAAUCCCAACGCUCGGAAGGCUGAGGCAGGAGGACUG